GCGCGCUAGGAACUUGGCCACCGGGAGUUGGACGUCAACGCCAGGCCUUGAUUGGUUGAGCGGGGCGAGUCGACCGCUUGAGUGGUGGCCGCCACCGCGAAGAGAGCCAUGGGUCAGGCGGCCAAGGUUUUACAGCUCUUUAGAACAUUGCACAGAACAAGACAACAAGUUUUUAAAAAUGAUCCUAGAGCAUUAGAAGCAGCCAGAAUAAAGAUAAAUGAAGAAUUCAAAAGUAAUAAAAGUGAAACUUCUCCUAAGAAAAUAGAAGAGCUAAUGAAAAUAGGUUCUGAUGUUGAACUGUUGCUUAGAACAUCUGUUAUACAAGGCAUUCACACAGACCACAAUACCCUGAAAUUGGUCCCUAGGAAAGAUCUUCUUCUAGAAAAUGUACCAUACUGUGAUACACCAACUCAGAAGCUGUGAAUUUUCUAGGAUAAAACAAGACUUUGUACAUUUUAACUAUAAAAUGUGUAACUGGCAAAAGUCCUGGAAAUAUUGAAAAUGAAUGAAUUAAAGAGUAACAUCAUAAUUUAAUUCUACAUUAAAAGGACAUUGCUAAGAACUACAGAACAUA